AUGGCGAUAACAAGACUCUACAAGUCAUCGGGACUGUUGUCAGGUCAGCUGGCAUCAAAACUAGCGUCCUUGCAGCAAGUGAAUCCCUGCAUAACCGAGCUGAGGACUGAAACCUGCUUCUACAUCGAGAGUAGCCGGCCUUUGACCUCCGAAGACCUGAAGAUAGUCACUUUCGCUCUCACGUCGCCCUUCGACCCGCAGUUGUUCCAGGAAACUCAACUAUCAGCGCCACCUGGGUCCACUGUUGUGGAAAUUGGACCGAGGCUGAAUUUUUCUACGGCGUUCUCCAGUAACGCGGUCUCUAUUUUCAAGUCCGCGGGGCUGAGUCAUGUUUCUAGAGUGGAGAAGUCUACUAGGUACCUUGUUGAUGUUCCAGAGAGUUCCGAGGAUUUUGGGAGGAUUAUUGAUGCUCUUCAUGAUCGGAUGACUGAGUGUCGUUAUAGGUCACCUAUCGAGACAUUUGACCAUGGAUUCAGACCCGAACCUUGGUUUGAGGUAGACAUCCUCCAGAACGGCAGAAAAGCUCUGGAGGAUGUGAACAGCAAACUAGGACUGGCCUUUGACGACUGGGAUCUAGACUUCUACACAGACUUAUUCAAAACCAAGCUCAAGAGGAACCCCACCAGUGUGGAAUGCUUCGACCUCGCUCAGUCCAACAGCGAGCACAGCCGCCACUGGUUCUUCCGCGGUAAGCUGGUGAUAGAUGGCGUCGCGGAGCCUCAGACGCUCUUCGACAUGAUCAUAGGAACCCAGAAGUCCAGUAACCCAAACAAUGUCAUCAAGUUCGCUGACAACAGCAGCGCCAUCCAGGGAUUUAAGGUUCCAACGUUGGUUCCAGGAACCACCUGGGAACCCAGCGCCUUUCAGAUGACCGAAGUGGAGCGCCACUUGAUUUUCACCGCAGAAACUCACAACUUCCCAACAGGCGUCGCACCGUUCAGUGGCGCCACCACUGGAACCGGCGGUAGGCUGCGCGAUAUUCAAGGUUGUGGUCGCGGCGGCCAUUAUAUCGCAGGAACUGCUGGAUACAGUGUGGGGAACUUGUUCAUCCCCGGGUACAACCUGCCCUGGGAAGUUCCAGCAGAUUAUCCCUCGAAUCUUGCAUCGCCCUUGGAUAUAAUUGUCGAGGCCAGCAAUGGAGCUUCUGAUUACGGGAAUAAGUUCGGGGAACCGGUUAUCUCAGGGUUCGCGAGAACUUUUGGGAUGAAGACAGGGAACUCCAGGGUGGAGUGGAUCAAGCCGAUCAUGUUUAGUGGCGGGUGUGGAACCGUUGAUGCUGGGAUGAUUGAUAAGAAGGUUCCUGAAAGAGGAAUGCAGGUCGCAAAAAUAGGAGGCCCAGUAUACAGAAUCGGAGUCGGCGGAGGAUCAGCAUCUUCUGUGGCAGUCCAAGGAACUCAAUCAGCAGACCUCGACUUCGGUGCAGUCCAGCGUGGAGACGCAGAGAUGGAACAGAAACUGAACCGAGUAGUUCGCGGAUGCACGGAACUCGGUUCCAGGAACCCGAUCCUGAGCAUCCAUGACCAGGGUGCCGGCGGGAACGGCAACGUCCUCAAGGAACUGGUGGAACCAGCUGGUGCGGUGAUCUUCUUUGAGAAGUUCGACCUGGGGGACCCGAGCAUCAGCGUCCUGGAACUCUGGGGUGCCGAGUAUCAGGAGAACGACGCGAUUCUCUGCGAUGAAUCCUCAGUGGCGCUGAUCCAGCAAAUAGCCACCCGGGAAAAGUGUCCCGUGAACUUUGUCGGAACAGUGACAGGUUCCGGGCGGAUUGUCCUGUCCCAGGAGAAGGUCCCUGACGUCGCCAAACACCUGGAGGGCCGGGACGAUGGAAAACACCCCGUGGACCUGGACCUGGAGUUUGUUCUCGGGAAGAUGCCUCAGAAGACCUUUGCCUCAAACCGCCUCCCGGAGGAACGUCAUCCUCUGGAACUUGGGAAAAUUUCGGUUCUAGAAGCUCUGGAACGCGUGCUAAGACUGCCCAGCGUCGGGAGUAAGAGGUACCUGACCUCCAAGGUCGACCGAUGUGUCACCGGGCUCGUCGCUCAGCAGCAGUGCGUUGGACCCCUGCAUACUCCUCUGGCUGAUGUUGCUGUCACUGCGAUAUCACAUUUUUCGACUUCAGGUAUCGCAACUUCGAUCGGAGAGCAGCCAAUCAAGGGUCUCGUCGACAUAAAACCAGGUGCCAGGAUGACCGUAAUCGAGGCAAUCUCCAACCUAGUCUUCGCAAAGAUUUCUUCUUUGAAGGACGUAAAGUGCAGCGGAAACUGGAUGUGGGCUGCGAAAUUAGACGGCGAAGGUGCGAAACUCUUCGACGCCUGCUCCGCAAUGUGCGACCUAAUGAGCGACCUGGGGAUUGCCAUCGACGGUGGCAAGGAUUCCUUAAGCAUGGCUGCGAGAGUCGGCUCUGAGGUCGUCAAAUCUCCAGGAACUCUGGUGGUCUCUUGCUACGCGCCCUGCCCGGAUGUCAGGAAAGUGGUGACUCCUGACCUGAAGGGUCCAACCCUGAGGAAGACCACCUACCUGGUCUACGUCGACCUGUCACACGGAAAAAGUCGUCUGGGAGGAACCGCCCUGGCUCAAGUUUACAAUCAGCUGGGGAGCGAGGUUCCUGAUGUGGAAGAUCCCCAGGAAGUCGUCCGGGCAUUUGAGACUACUCAGAAACUUAUUGCUGAGGAUAAGGUCCUGGCAGGUCACGAUGUCAGUGAUGGUGGACUUCUUACUUGUCUCCUGGAAAUGGCUUUCGCUGGAAUGGCUGGUAUCGAUAUAAAAAUCGUUCACAAGGGAAACCAGGUGUUAGACGUGCUCUUCUCCGAGGAAGUCGGUUGGAUCUUGGAAGUAGAAGACCUGGAGACCACGCUGAAGACUUUCGCGUCAAACUCCGUGCCCGCGUUCACCGUGGGGAAAACAACCAACCUAGGACUGAGGGAGAAGAUCACAAUAGAAGUGGCUGGUCAGCAAGUUUUGCAUGAGAGUGUGUUCAGGUUGAUGAGAACCUGGGAGGAAACGAGUGCCCAGCUGGAGAAGAGGCAGAGCAACGUCUCCUGCGCAGAGGAGGAGUUCCUGGGACUUGAGACCAGGAAGGUUCCCAUCGCCAAGUUGACUUUUGAUCCCGAUUGCUGGGUACCGAAGCAGACCACGGUGAGAGUGGCGGUCAUCCGCGAAGAAGGUAUCAACGGUGAUCGGGAAAUGGCGGCUGCUUGCAUCCAAGCUGGGUUCGAGACUUGGGACGUGACGGUCACCGAUUUGCUUAACGGCCAGGUCACCCUGGACCGGUUCCGCGGGGUCAUUUUCCCUGGAGGGUUCAGCUAUGCUGAUGUUCUAGGCUCCGCUAAAGGCUGGGCUGCUAGUCUGUUGUUCCAUCCUGAUCUAAGCAAGCAGCUGGACGGUUUCCGACGCAGUACUGAUACUUUCAGUCUUGGAGUUUGUAAUGGAUGUCAGCUGAUGAGUCUUCUAGGAUGGGUUGGUUCUGAUAGCAUUCAAAAUGAUCCCCAGGUUCUAUUGGAACACAACAAAUCAGAGAGGUUCGAAUGUCGCUGGAGUUCCGUCAAGAUCGAGAGUUCCAAGGCCAUAAUGCUCCGAGGAAUGGAAGAAUCCGUAAUGGGAGUCUGGAUCGCUCACGGAGAAGGCAAGUUUACUUUCAAAGAAAAAAUUCUCGACAAAAUGGCCGCCCAGAAGUGUGUCGCCCUCAAGUAUGUUGACGACGACGGAACUCCCACGGAGAAGUACCCGAUGAACCCGAACGGCAGCAAAGCAAGGGGGGUUCAGUGUUAA